AUGAAUUACGAUUGGAUCCUCGACGGCGGCUACCUUCCCUCAGCUCUCAUACGCGUGGGAAUCCGUCGUCAGCUGGCAGAUCGUAUCAGGAUCAUUCACACUACAUCUCUUAGCGAUGCCUACGAGAAGAAAAUGAAAUACGUAGAGCUUUUGCGCUCGCGUCCGAUUGCCAUUGAGACUGCGGCGGCGAACGAGCAGCAUUAUGAGGUUGGUACCGGCGUGCUUCAGGCUUGUCUGGGUCCGAGAAUGAAGUAUAGUUGUGCGCUGUAUGAGAAGGGAAGUGAGACUUUGGGGGAGGCGGAGGUGAGGAUGUUGGAGAAGUAUGUGGAGAGGGCGGGGUUGAAGGAUGGGAUGAGUAUUUUGGAUCUUGGUUGUGGUUGGGGUUCCGGAGCUCUGUAUUUUGCGGAAGUUUUCCCAAAUUCCAAGGUCACCGCCUUCUCCAACUCCCGAACUCAAAAACUCUACAUCGACGAGCAGGCCAAAGCGAAAGGAUUCACAAAUCUUAACGUAAUCACCGGCGAUGUAGUAGACUACGAGUUCGAGAAAGAGGCUUUCGACCGUGUGAUUUCAAUUGAGUUAUUUGAACACAUGAAAAACUACGAGUUACUCAUGGCGAAAGUUAGUCGAGCACUCAAGCCAGGCGGAAAACUGUUUGUGCAUAUCUUUGCGCAUAAGACUACGCCAUAUGAUUUCGAGGAGGGUUGGAUGAGCACCCAUUUCUUCUCUGGUGGUACAAUGCCCUCAGCGGAUUUGUUUCACUUCUUCCAGAAAGACUUGACAUUAGAGAAGCAGUGGUGGGUUAACGGCCAGAAUUAUGCUAAGACUUGUGAGGACUGGCUUUCAAAAAUGAACGCACAUAAGAAGGAGAUUUGGCCACAUCUCACGGAGACAUAUGGUGGAGAGAAGACUGCCAUGUGGUUUUACAGAUGGCAAAUCUUUUACAUGGCUUGCGCUGAGCUUUUUGCUUAUGAAGGUGGUGAUACCUGGGGGGUUACUCACUAUCUCUUUGAAAAGCGAUCCUCGUCCUAG